GGAGUCACUUUAAGGGGGCCUGCCAAUCCAGGGCAGGCUCCGGCAAUAAGGUCUUUAAAUUUUACCCCUACAUUCAGUUAGAGGGAUGGUUUCAUGUUUGGGGUAACCUGAAAUGCAGAGCGAUAGCAUUUUUCCCCCAAGACACGUUUUUUCGUGUGUCUCCUGGUUGUCCUGGAACUAGCUCUGCAGACCAGGUGGCCUCGAACUCACAGAGAUCCUCCUGCCUCUGUGCCACCACAGCCCGGCUCCUCUGACCGAUUUUUAAGGACCAUCUUUAAGGGCGGUGACGUUUUCUCCACGGAGGAGGCAGCUCUGGGACUCUUCCCCAGGGUAAAAAAACAAGGCUUGUUCUGAUCCUUGACAUUUCUCUUGGGCCAGACGCUUAGGCGAGUACGUGAGGCUGCAGUGCCGCUCUCGACCACCGGAGGCAGUAGCGCCCGGCUGCGAGGGUCGGCCUCGCGCGCGCCUCUCCUACUGCCAACUGUGCGCAGGCGCCCGCGACGCUCGUCUAUUGGCUGCCGCGCGUCACCGCCAUACUGGCGGAAGCAGGGCCAGCGCGGUGCAGAGGCUGGACUGCCGCGUCCCCUGCGGUGUCGCCUGCGCCCUCCUUGCCAGCGGAGUCUUGGAGCUGAGGGGCGGCGGCCGGCGUGAUGGAGAGACGCAGGAUGAACCUGCCCACCGGGCCGGACACGCUGUGCUUCGAUAAGGACGAGUUCAUGAAGGAGGAUUUCGACGUGGAUCAUUUUGUGUCUGACUGCAGGAAGCGGGUGCAGCUGGAAGAGUUGAGAGAUGACCUGGAGUUGUAUUACAAGCUGCUUAAAACAGCCAUGGUGGAGCUCAUCAACAAGGACUAUGCGGACUUUGUCAACCUCUCAACCAACCUGGUCGGCAUGGACAGAGCCCUCAACCAGCUUUCUGUGCCUUUGGGACAAUUACGAGAAGAGGUUCUGAGUCUUAGGUCAUCUGUCAGUGAAGGAAUUCUGGCAGUAGAUGAACGACUGUCUAAGCAAGAAGACAUUAGGAAGAAAAAGAUGAGUGUGUUGAGACUUAUUCAAGUUAUUCGAUCAGUUGAGAAAAUUGAAAAAAUCUUAAACUCUCAAAGUUCUAAAGAUGCGUCUUCACUAGAAGCAAGCAGCCCACUCUUGACUGGACAGGUUUUGGAGAGAAUUGCCACGGAAUUUAACCAGCUUCAGUUUCAUGCUGUGCAAAGCAAGGGCAUGCCCCUUUUGGACAAAGUGAGACCCCGCAUAGCUGGCAUCACAGCAAUGUUGCAGCAAUCCCUAGAAGGCCUCCUGUUGGAAGGCUUGCAGACCUCAAAUGUGGACAUCAUCCGGCACUGCCUGCGGACCUAUGCCACCAUUGACAAGACACGGGACGCAGAAGCUCUGGUUGGCCAAGUCCUGGUGAAGCCAUACGUUGAUGAGGUGAUCGUUGGACAGUUUGGUGAGUCUCAUCCCAGUGGCCUUCAGCUCAUGUAUCACAAGCUCCUGGAAUUUGUCCCUCACCACUGCCGCCUUCUCCGGGAAGUCACAGGGGGAGCUGUGGCAAGUGAAAAAGGCACUAUCGUUCCUGGUUAUGAUUUCUUGGUGAAUUCUGUGUGGCCAGAAAUAGUUCGAGGACUAGAGGAAAAGCUACCCUCGCUCUUCAAUCCUGGGGAUCCUGACGCCUUUCACAAGAAAUACACUGUAAGCAUGGAUUUUGUACAGAGAUUUGAACGGCAGUGUGGAUCCCAGGCCAGUGUGAAACGACUUCGAGCACACCCUGCCUAUCACAGCUUCAGCAAUAAGUGGAACUUACCUGUUUAUUUUCAGAUAAGGUUUAGAGAAGUGGCAGGAUCCUUAGAAGCAUCACUCACAGACGGGCUAGAAGACGCCCCAGAUGGAAGUCCAUAUUGCCUAUUGGCUUCUCACAAAACAUGGAGCAGUCUGGAGAAAUGCUGGUCUGAUGAGAUGUUCCUGCCUUUGUUGGCACACCGUCUGUGGAGGCUCACACUACAGAUUCUGGCCCGAUUCUCUGUGUUUGUCAGUGAGCUUUCUGUCAGGCCUAUUUCUAAUGAAAGCACCAAGGAAACUAAAAAACCUUUGGCUGGCAGCAAAGACCCUUCCGAAGACCAAGGAAGCCAUCCUUCAGAAGUACAGGCAGCAUCCAUUUCCAGCACUCAGCUGGUGUAUGUGGUUGCAGACCUGGACAGACUUCAGGAAUGGCUUCCAGAACUCCUGGAGAUAGUCAAGCCAAAACUUGAAAUGAUCGGCUUUAAGAAUUUUUCAUCUAUCUCAGCGGCUCUGGAAGACUCUCAGAGUUCCUUGUCUGCCCACAUGCCAGCUCUGAGCAGCAGGAUUGUCCAGGACCUGAGUGAGUCUUGUUUCAGUUAUCUGAAGAGUGCCCUGGAGGUGCCCAGGCUUUACCGCAGGACCAAUAAGGAGGUCCCCAGCACAGCCUCUUCUUACGUGGACAGUGCACUGAAGCCAUUUUACGAGCUCCAGCGUGGACAUGGGGACAAGGUGAAGCCAGCAGUGAUGCAGCAAUGGCUGCAGGAAGCCCUGUCUGAGAGCACACACAAGUACUUUGAGACUGUGUCCGAUGUGCUGGACUCAGUGAAGAAGAUGGAGGAAAGCCUGAAGCGCCUCAAACAGGCCAGGAGAGCCCCAGCCACCAACCCCGUCAGCUCCAGCGGUGGCAUGAGUGAUGAUGACAAGAUCCGGUUGCAGCUGGCCCUGGAUGUGGAGUUCCUGGGAGAACAGAUACAAAAGAUGGGCUUGCAGACCAGUGACAUCAAGAGCUUCCCAGCCCUCUCAGAGCUUGUCCUUGCUGCCAGGGACCAAGCAACUGCAGAACAGCCCUAGGCAUCCUGGUAGGACCUGGAGUGGGGAAGAAAGCGACCCUUGUCCUCUGAGUCACCCAGCAACAGCCUGCACCCCUGCCCAGUGAAGUGGGCCAUCUUUCACCCAGAAAGAACCAGAAGCCUUUCCAUUGUAUGGAAGAUAGUUUUUAUGACAUUUGACGCUUUUUACUAUAGAUAACUGAACAAAUUGUUUUAUUUUUAUUGUCGAUCUUAGUGUAGACAAGCUGAUUUCUACAGUAUUGUUGAAUAUACAGGUGUGGCUAGUGGGCUGACCGGACCCUGCAGAGGAAGCCCUGGGCAUCAUGGCACCAACACAGUAUAGAAACACUGUCUCUAACCUGGGAGAUACUGUCAGUCCUGGGCCUCCUCAGAGGCUCCAGGGUGGCCAUCCCAUCUUGGCACUUAAGAAUAGCACAUCUAAUCUUGCCACCCCACUUCUCUGUCAGGAGCCAGAGCCGACAGCAAAGAUUCCUUUCCUAAAUAAAAGAAGUAUCUGCUGCAAAUGUGUAAGUUAUGAAUUCAGUCCAAGUAGCCCUCAUCAUACAUGCUUUCAGUGAUAUGAUUCCCUUUGACACAGAUAGAAGGGUCCUAUCUGUGUAGAUAGAUCUCCUAGCACAGAAUUCUGUCCCACUCAGGCUAGUCAGCGCUGUCUGCUUGGCAGCUGCUACAGGUGCAUGGAAUGGGCUUCUACCAAGGAGCUGUGCUGUCACAAGAUAGUCACUAGAGGUCAUAGCUACACUUUGAACUCAUAUGCUUCCAUACGUAAGGACCCCUGCCUAUCAGUGUCCCCUGAUGGGUGUCCCUUGACCCCAGAAAGGAGAGAGCACAAUCCCCAGCCCAACUCCAGUAUUGCUAUUUCCAUUCUACAGAUAGGUAACACAAACCUGUCAUUGAGGUGACUGACAGGUGGGAUUUAAAGGCAGAAUAAAUGGCUCCAAACUCACAUUGCCAGUCUGUGUAGUGACAUGUACACACCAGCCUCAGCCCAAAGAAACGGAGGUUCAUAGUGGGCCUUGAGGCCUAAUCUCUUACCCUAUUGGCUCUGACUCCGGGCCAUUGCAUUCCAGCCUCCCUGUCAUGUUUCUGCACUCGAGAGCAGGACAUUCAGGCCAAAGCUAACAGUUUCAGACUUAGAUCUGGCUCCCCCAAAACAGCUCUCUUGUUAUUUUUCCUUAGUUUCCCUGUUGAGAUUCAGUUUUAUUCAGUUGGGUUUAAAGUUAAGAGUAAUACAUUUUUCCAACUUCAACAUUUACUAAUGUAAUGGAUUUACUAAAAAUCCAUUCCCAAUGCACUUUACUGCUUUCAGGUAUAAAAAGAGGACUAUAAGGAGGAGGCCUGUCCGUCAUUCAGGGACCCACCCGCAGCCCACCAUCUCCCUCCCGUGCAAUCAAAGAGCAUGCAUUCUUUUCUCAGGCUGCCUUCAGUGAUCACAGAUAUGGUAGUUGAAUCAAAGAAAUGAUUCUGUUCUGGAGGCAAAAGUUCAAAAUCUGUGUUGCUCCCUCCCUCUGAGGGCCUGUGGCUCAAGCUGUCCCGUUGGGAGGAUCCUAUGCUGUAUAUAUCAUAUUCUAGCCCACGGAGCGCUGAGGGUGGAAUUGGAGUGAGCCGGCAAAGCUCCUGCCGAGGACUACAGGUCUCUGAGCAGCAGAACUUCUGCUAGCUCCUACUUUGCCUUGUAGCUUGUCCCAAGGCAGAGCUCAGUUGUGCCGUGUCCCGCCAGGCACUGACACCAGGUCAACUAGCAGGAUGGCACAGGCCAAGCUCAGGCUCCUCUGCUAAAGCAAAUACGUGUGGAGUGUCAUCUGUGCCAACCCAGGGUCCUGGUGUGGUGGACUAACAAGGAGUGGAGGAGGUGGCAUGUUGGGACCCCAAUCACAGAGCAGGUAGGUAUGGGAUAGCCUGAACCUCUGAGGCAGCCUGCAUGGCCCUGGCAUCUCUCAGCCUUAUGCUAGCCUUAUGAUUGCCUAGUCAGGGGUUCCCAUGACAGGGAGUGGAGGACAACUAGAUCUACUCUUGAAGAGUCUGGGCAGCUGUAGGGGAGGGUGGCCUUCAAGGACUUAGUUUUCGCUCCAUAAGGGAUGAGUGUCAGCCUGGAUAUCAGUUCACCUCUGUUGUCUCCCAUCAACUCCUGCGAUGCUUCAUCUUGUCAGCCUGAUUGAAUUUUUUUUUUUCUUUUUUUGGUUUUUUGAGAUAGGGUUUCUCUGUGUAGCUUUGCGCCUUUCCUGGAACUCACUCUGUAGCCCAAGCUGGCCUCGAACUCACAAAGAUCCGCCUGCCUCUGCCUCCAGUGCUGGGAUUAAAGGCGUGCGCCACCACCGCCCAGCCUGAUUGAAUUUAGAAUCAUCCAAGAAACAAAACUCUGGGCGUGCCUGUGAGGGAGUUCCUGGGCUUGGUUAAUAGAUGUGGGAAGACCCACCCUAAAAGUGGACUGGAGCAUCCCAUGGGCCAAGAAAGUGAAGUGAGCACCAGAUUCAGUCCCUGUGUGUCCUAACAGGAAGGGAGCAGCCAAAUUGUGCUCCUGCCGCACUCUCCCCAACACUCAAACAUGAGCUGAAACAAACCCUUCAGUUGCUUUUGCCUGGUGUUUUAUCACAGUAGUGAGAAGUUGACUCCACCUCCCUCCGGGAACAGGGCCUUUUAGAAUGAGAAUUCAUCUGUUCACCUUAGCAUUUCCUGUUUGCACAUGGGCCAGGGAGGAUAAGGAACUGGCUGCCGGUCACAUCAUGGUACCUAGGUCCCUCCCCAUCUGCCUGGCACAAGCAGUGGAUGGCCUGAUUGGGUUAACCACACCCGCCUUGUAAAACAGACAAGCUGCCAUUGUGGUAUUGGAAGCCGGAUAGGAGUAUUCAGGAGGGAACAGGACUAGGGUGAGGAAAGCUGAGACUCAAGGGGCAUGACAGCUCUUCUGUCAGGAUGGCCCUCGGCCACAGGAACAAAAUCCACCUGUCCUUUCAGGACCCUAUAGUCCCAACUCCCAGGACCCAAGCCCUGUCUAAGAGGUUAGGUUAGGCUCAUGCAGAGUCAGAAACUCCAGCUUAGGCCAGAGAGGCCAUUCCAUGUGCUAACACAGAAUGUAUCCACUGUAUGCACCAUGGGAUCUACUGCUGCCCGUAGGUGCUCUCUGGCCUUUUCCUGUGACUAACAUGCUACAUUGUUCACCUGGUUUCCUGUUUGUUCAGGGAAGAGGCAGCCUGCUAUACACACACACACACACACACACACACACACACACACACACACACAAGUUGUGGGUAUAAUCUCAAGGAGACAGAGAAGCAAGUAGCAACCCUGUGUCUUUGGGGUAAAGGAUGUACCCUCUGCCCAGGUCCUCUCUCAGUGCAACUUGGGGACAGGACUCUCCUUCCUGUUACACAUUGGCCUCUCUGCCAAGAGCUUCAGAAACUUUCGUUUGCUCAACCUGUCAGCUAAACUAACCAUGUCUGUUUCUCAGCAAAGGGAUGCGGUGUUACACUGGUAUGAAUUCAGUGUUUCAAAAUGUGCCGUGGGUAAGAAAACGUAGGGUGGUGUAGGGACUCUGAAAGUCAUGGUCUCACACUGGGUGAGCUAAAUACAAGCCCAAAGCAAGGGGACAAUGUGUAUUUUAAUGUUAAAACCCAAGUUUUGUUCUUGAAUAAAAAGGGAAUGCUUUUUGGUUUCA